AUGUCUCGUUUAUUAGCUGCAGUUUUUCAACCUUUAAGGCAAGGGUUUUCUUUCACUCAGCCUGUAUUUAAUAGUCUGGUUAGGCCAGAAACAUCUUUGUUGUCACUUAUACGAACCAAAGUACGCUGUUAUUUCCCACGACCAAAUGAAGUCCGAAGAGUUCGUAGACAUGGAUGGGAAUUUAGAAUGUCCAGUCAUAAUGGUCGAAGAACGCUUAUGAGAAGAAUUUUAAAAGGUCGUCAUGUGAUAAGUCAUUAG